AUGGCUCGCCAAUUCACUCUCAGUUUGACAGAAAACUCGGAAAAAGAAGAGGACACAUUCAAACUGACUGUUUUGGGGCAUAAAGGUGUAGGAAAAUCAACCUUCAAUUGCCGUCUCAUGAAGCACUGGAUAGAAUUAAGCAGGCAAGAAAAGAAAAAAUGGAAAAGAAGUAAAGGUUGUGGUGAUUUGGGAAUCAAAGGACGAAGCCUGACGGUGGAUACUGUGGACAUCACAGUCAAGGCGAGGUUCCCCUUCAUGCAGAAGCUCCCUUCCUGUGACGUCUAUGUGUUGGUCUAUUCGUUGGUGUGUGAUGGAUCCUUCGAAGCUGUGGUAGCAGCCAGAGACCAGAUCAUCCAGCAAGAGGGGCCAUUAGUCCCAAUUGUGUUUGUGGCCAACAAGACAGACAUUGCUGACUCUGUAGACAAGACAGAAAGAGUGUACCGAGAUCUGAACAUCAGCUGCGAGUGGGAAAAUGGACAUGUGGAGAUCUCAGCGGAGAGAGAUACCAGUGUCCUGCCAGUGCUUGAACAGAUCAUGAAGAGACAUCAGAAAUAUGUUUCUCCUGGUGAAAAAAAGAGACGCUCAAAGUUUUCAAAAGCCUUGCGAUCAAUCAGAAACCGCUUCUCAACUCACUGA